AUGUCAUUCUUCGGUUUUGACACCGGGCCCCGUGGCCACAACACAGCCGCUCCGGGUUUUUCGCAAGCUCACGACCCUUUUGCUGGUCUUUCAGGACGUGGCGACCAGGAUGAUGCGCUUGACUUUGAGGACACAUACGAUGGGCUUGGAGAUCAACUCGAUGAAACUGAUGAUGUCUUCAAUGAUGAUACAUUUGGUGGCGAGUCUGCUGUCGCAGGCAACGUUGGAAAGGACUUUGACUUUUUCGGACAGACUGCCAAAGUUGCCGAUGCUAUUGAGGAGGAACAUCUUCGAUUCAAUCGCCAACAGCCUGCUUCCAGAGCAACAGCCCCCCAGCCGCAGCCACAGCCCAGCUCCUCGCAGACAAGCUCGUACUAUCCAACCCAGUCAACACAAAAACCUGUCCGAAGUGGAUAUGAAAAGUAUAAGGAGGCAGAACCCCUCCCAGAUCUGCAUGUUGACCAGAGUAUUUGGGGAAUCGGGCCAGCUAAGUCCACGGCAAAAACCUCGCAGUCCGCUGCCCAGCCGCCAUCCGCUUCAGCCAGCCGAAAAGUAUUGAGCCUCGAAGAAGUCGAGGCUUCUAUGAGAGCCCAGGUACCGAAACAGACUCAGCCGCAGAUUACCCUGUCUGACCCUGCCAUCUAUCAGCAAGGUCAGGCCGCGGAAUAUACUACGAGCCAACAGGCUGCGCAGCACCAACAACAGCAGGGUCAUCCCGUCCACGGACCGCCGGUCACAAUAUUGCAACGCCCUCAGAGCAUGCAGACCAGGCCAUCAGAGCAGUUGCCUACGCCACCUCAACUACAGUCCCGUCAGCAGGCACCGCCCGUGCAGCCCACGCAGAUUUUACAGAAUCCCAACCGUCUCUCUGGAGAGGCCGCACCGCCUGGUCCUCGUGGCCAUCGUUCGCAGGGCUCCAUUCCUGGCUUGGCGCAACUGCAGGCUCAUCCCCAGAUCUUGCAAAUGUCCGAGGGCGAGAAGGUUGCGUUUCUGGAUCAAGAAACUAAGCGUGCCAAACGAAACCACAAGAUCUGGCUUUUAUCCAAAGAUAACGGACUUAUGACACCCCAGGAUAAGAACUUCAUCACCCGAAUUCAGUUGCAACAACUUGUCUCCGCUACUGGAAACCCCGUGGAAGGCUCCGAUUCUUUUAUUUCCGAAGACUUUUACUACCAAGUCUACAGCCAUAUUCGCGCCGGCCAACGGCAGAACCCGAGCCAACCUUUGAGCAACUUUGCGCAGACCUAUCUAUUCCAGACUGGAAGUCGUCAUGGCGGAAUGCGCCGUCAUGGUAGACCCGCCGAGAAUCACAUCCAGCGGAUGGAGCAACAGGUUCAACGAGCUGUUGAAGCCGCAAAGAACAAACCUAAAAACCCCCAGCUCGUUAUUGCCGGUAGUUUAGGCAAGAUUUCUUUCAGCAAUGCCAAGACCCCAAAGCCGCUGCUCAACAUCAAGCGCGCUGAGAGUGAGACUCUUCGUCCAAGCAACGGUAAGAAGUCUCCCCACCAGGAGACUGUACUUGAUCGCAAGCGGAUUCUGCGGAAUGUCGAGAAGGUCUAUGACAUCUUGAUGAAAAUUGAAGACCACAUUCGGCUUGUCCCUCCGCCAAUGGGCCACACCCCUGAAGUAGAGCUGGAAGAACAGCAUCAGCAAUGGACUACGACGUUGGACGCCUAUAAUGCAAAGCUUUGGACGGAGUUGAAGGUGCACGAGCCGAUUGGUGCUACGGUCCCCCAUCCCUUCAUCGCUUUCUUGUCGUGCGCCAAGGGAAAGAAGGCGGUUCCUCGCAUCUUCCCCCACCUCACUUUCGAGCAGCGAACGACGAUAUUGACUAUGAUCAUUUAUCACCUCGACCAACUUGAUGUCGUCCAAGGUGCCGUCAUCACAAGUGGCGAAACAGACCUCAACUCCCGCAUGCGCGAGAAUAUUGAACUGUUCAUCUCAACUGUCAUGCCUUCAUUGAUGCAAUACUUUAAUGAAACCGGCUUGGAUAUCGUCGAUGGUGUCCUGCACCUCAUCGCUACGAAGCUAAAUGUGGAUCUCAUUGCCAGAACGAGAAUCGGUGUCUCGAUGCUUACGUUGAUUCUCAGCCGUGCCGUGCUUUUGAAGCAGACGGGUGCUGGAAAUCCUGAGCAGUGGGAGAAAUGGGACCAAACAUUCGAAAUUUUGUUCAGCAAGUUAGAGCCUUCGCUACCACACAUAUUCCCCGGCAGCGUUAAUGCCGGAAUCGAUGUUUAUGUCUGGCAAUUGCUUGCGGCUAUGGGUGUUAGUGCCACCCAAGAUCAGCAGACACGACUUGUGCUCGCCGUAAAAGACCGCGUCCUGGACACCGUGUCCAUGUCCAAGACUCUACCGCCUACCAUGGCUGCGGAGCGACUUGGCAGUGUCAACCUCUUCAUGCGAUCCAUUGGCUUGGAUGUAGAGUUACUGCAAUAA